CCUUUAGUUGUAUUUUGUUCCAUUAAGAUUGGAUGACUAACUAGCCAAAGUAAGAAAUCUGAUGUUGGUUUUUGGAAUAGAACAGAGCAACUACAUUUGAUUGGUUACUUACUAACGUCACCUUCAAGCUCAUCCAAACCUGUUUAGCUUCUCCAAGUGAUACCUUCCCAAUUCCACCUCCUAUCUCUAUUCCUACCCCAUGUUCUAUAUGUUCUCAGUGGUAAUAUAAAGAAGAUUCUUUUAUAAAAUUUGUAACAUGUAGAAGAUAAAUUCUUUUUACAUUUGAUUGGUUAUUGGUUAACUCUGACUUUGAUCUAUUCCAAGCAUUGUGAACUUUCCCAAGAAAUAUACUUGAUGCCUACUUUUCCCAUGUCUUACUCAAUGGUUUUGCAUAUUUUCAAUAUCGUUAUAAUGGGAGGAAAUCAAUGAUCUCAAACACAAUUAAUCUCCUCCGUACUUUCUUAUCACCUCUUUCACUUUACAAAUAUUUUGCAAUGGCUGAUGGUGCUGUACCUGUCCACAACACUGGCACUAUGGUUGAGGCUAAGAGCAACCAAGUCAUUGCCAAGUUGGGACUGGUGCAGAAGCUGCAAGGCGGGGCCAUUAUUGAAGUCACUGACGUAGAGCAAGCCCAGAUAGCUGAGGAAGCUGGAGCAUGUUCCAUUGUCAUUCACCACGGGAUAUCUCAGCCGAAUUCAUAUCUCAUCAAGGAUAUCAAGCAAGCAGUCUCAAUCCCCAUAAUGGCCAGAGUUCGAGUUGGGCAUUUCGUUGAAGCACAGAUACUGGAAGCAAUGGGUGUUGACUGUAUUGAUGAGAGUGAACUUUUAGGUAUUGCCGAUUCUGAUAAUUACAUUAAUAAGCAUAAAUUUCAUGUACCAUUUGCUUGUAAAUGUCAGCAUCUUAGGGAGGCAAUGAUGAGAGCAGCAGAAGGUGCAGCGAUUAUUUGGCUGCACGGGAGCAGAAAUGGGUGGAAUUCAUCCACAUCGGGAACAAUUGUCGAGACAAUUCAGAAUGUGAGGUCAGUAAUGAAAAAGGUAAGAAGUUUGACUGAUGAGGAUGAAGAUGAGGUUUUAACAUUUUCAAUGAAGAUGGGAGUGCCUUAUGAUAUUGUAGCCCAGACCAAGCAAAUUGGUCGGCUUCCUGUGAUGCAAAUUGCAGCAGGAGGCAUCCAGACGCCUGCUGAUGCGGCACUGAUGAUGCAAUUAGGCUGUGACGGGGUGCUUGUAGGAUCAGAUAUAUUCAGCGGUUUGGAUCCAUAUCGGCAAGUUCGGUCAAUUGUUCAAGCUGUCAAGUAUUACAAUGAUCCGUAUGAAUUGAUGGGGAUUUGCUUUGGUUUAGAAGAUGUUGAAGCAGGCAGUGAAGUUGAAUAUUUGGGGUAACUGAGCAAAUGGUCCAUUUCUGGGCAUA